GUCAGACUCUCUCUCCCUAUCAGUUCUGUUUGGAGACUUUUUGUGAAGUGUUCGCUGUGCAGGUCGAUGGUGACAUAGGUAGACCAUUCACUAGGGCAUUGUUCCUGCACUCUCGCUUUCCUAGUAGCUCUGGUGUAAGGAUUAUAAUGGGCGGUUAUUAAGUAUAGUCUAGGAGGUGACACGGUGCAUGUUAGUAAAACGCUUCAUAAAUCAUGAGGACAACUUGGAUAAAGUCCUCCUCGGUAGAGGGGCCUAAAACGAACACAGGGUCUGGGAAGACGCCUGUGCCCCUUCCCAGAACUAAAUUCAUAAACAAUGCCUCAACAGGGAACCCAACACAAGAUGGGGGAUCUCUGCAGCAAGAAGCAAAGAAGGACGAGUUGGGCGAUCAGACGAGCGGAACAAGAGAAAUUAUCACAAGAAGUCUUUCAAGUCAAGGGAAGUUACCCGACGCCAAUGCGAAAAACAGCCCCCCUGCAAACGAGUCCUCGUUUACAGAACUGACGAGUCCACCUCCUAAACCUCCUAGAACCUUCAUCUACACCAGUCCUGAGAGCACUCCCUCCAACCGCAGCGUGCCUCGUCCAGCUUCUACGCCAACCCAGCCUCCAAAACCCUCUCCUCGGAGAACUUUAGAAACUCCAGAGCCAACAGAGGCUAAUCAUUCAUCUCACGUGACUCCUCCUCGCCGCCAUGAGUCACGACGUAGUGGAAAUGAACCGAACAGGACUCCAGAGGCCCAGCAACCUUCCUCCGGCGCGCCUCCAGUGUCGGAUUCAAACAGUACGCCAUCGCGCCCGUUGGCCUUCUCCACACCAACCUCUGGGGCUAGUCAAGAGGCCAGGUCGAAGCCCAAAAGCCACAGACGCCUCGGGACACUGGUUCUUCCUCCACUGCCAUCAAAGCCACCUCCUCUGCCUCCGACUGCCCCCCAGAGAAGAUCCUCUCAGCCGAAUUCAAUACAAAAUAAUAAUCAAAGUAAUUCGGUAAACCAAACCGAGUCUAGAAGCGAAGCAGCAACUUCAGCGGUGGUGCCAAGGAGGCCAGGCCAGGCCACCGCCCAAGAGGCUGUGAUCACGCCAGGGGAGUUCGAAUGCUGCUGCAAGGAAGUCUUCAGUCGUGGCAAAAAGGCCCGGACGUUCAUGGAAAACGGCCGAUACAUGGAGGCAGCCAACGAAUACCAAAAGGCCCUUUCAGUGGUAGACAAGGUUCUGAAGACUCAAGUGCUCUCCAUCACCACAGAUGAGACCACCAGACAAAAAUUUUUCCAGAUGCAAUCAGCUGUUUUCCUUAGCAGGAAAGAGGCUCUCAACGGGUUCAGCGACGCCCAGGCGGCAGUGUCGGCACCACGCGAAGUCAUUCAGGAGAGCACCACUCCAGGGGCACCGCCGACGUACGACGACGUCCUUCGGGAAGAUCAACAGCGGACCUCAGGUGUACGUCCAUCAAUUCCUGUAAGACCCCCGUCUACUCGUCGUUCGGGACCUCCGCAACUCCCUGCACGUUGCCCGCGGCCGCCCCAACCCCGCCAACCCCAGGAGCAGCCUGCCCCUCCUAGCGUCCGCAGCCGAGAACCUCAAUCUUUGCGCCAUCCACCCCGAGAACCACCACGCCCACACGAACCACCCCGAGAACAUCCGCGCCCACACGUACCCCGUCGUCCGCCGGACGCCCAACAAAAUAGAUCCGCGGCGCACCGUCCGUCCUAUGGCCGCAGUGUGACUCAUCCCGCCCACGACCCUCCUGCACACUCAGGGUCCGGGAGGCCUCAAAACCCAGGCUUAUCACACAGGCGCUCACUCUCCCUCACGGAUGGGGACUUGAGGACUGAGAUGCUGGUGGAUUUGAGCGAGGGCCAGCAGCCUUCGCAGCCUUUCCCGUCUCGCACAACGGCACCAGUGGCGAUCCGCCCUUUGGUUCCCGCGCGGAUGUCGUAUCCUCGGCCAAAAUCUCACUAUCCGCCCCGCGCAGUGCAGGAAGUUCCAGUGAGACCUUCUGUAAGAUCGAGACCAAGAUCUUGCAUUCAGCCGGACCACCUGUCAUCCCUCUCUGAGAUAUCUUUCCAACUGCCAGCCGGGGAUUUAGAGGGCCGACCAAAAUUAAAUCAGGACGUAGAUUUACCAUUGGCCGAAUCAAAUUUGCGAAAAGAUUUUGGCCCGAAGGACAAAUCAACGCCUCAUACAGAAGAUGGUAUCGUCGCUAAUCCCAUACAAAGUACCACUGACGGGGGAAUAAAAGUCAUAGAGCAUCUAGAGAAUAAGAAUAUGGAUAAUGCAUGUGAAGCCACUGUUUCUGAAUCCCAAAUAUCUGUGCCUAAGAAGUGUGAUUCUAAAAAGCUUGAUGAAACAACUGAGCCACUUUCGUUACGCCAAAGCCUGACAAGCUUAAGUGACAACAAUUCUGAUGAAGAAGAUACUUGCAAAGCUUUUGUAAAUGCACAACCAAAUAAACAACCUAUCAUAAAUGAUAAAAUUGAUGAUAAACCACCCAACACAAAUGAUAAAAUUGAUGAUGCCUUUGAUGAUCUUGCACAGGAUUGUGAUAUAGGCAGUUCAGUCGAAAGUGAUUUCGAAAAAAUGAGUCUGACUGAGGGUGAAGACAAAUGUAAGGAACCUUCAGAUAUGGCAUCUGGAAGUCCUUCUAAGACUUCUAAGUCACCUACAAUAGUCCUUGAUCCUUUUGCUGAUAUAGAUCCCUUCGCGUCGUUUACACCGAAAGACGAAAACGACAAAUUAUUCCCUGAAGAAUUUUCCUCUCUGCCCAUCAGCACCAGCAAAGACGCAGAACACAAACAAUUAUCAUUAGACGUCCAGCUACGUUCAGAGGACAACAAACCUCAUAAGAAGGUUGAUCGCCUCCUCACCCCUCUGAAGCCGAUCGCCGUGCCGGCAGAUGAGCCACACGACUCUAAAAACACCAGGACUGAAGAAGAGGAGUCAGACGACUCGCCCACAGACGAACAAAGGGAAACACUCCUGGACGCCCUUGACUUUGCCAUUUCCCAAACGCCAGGCCACGCGAGGGUUUCUCCUCAGAGAUCCAACUCGUCCAUUAAAGCCUCUCGGUGUAGGUCCGAAGACACACUCUUAGACUGUUCUUAUAACACUCUAGGAAUGUAUCUUCAGUCAUCGAAUAUGUGCGCCAGCAGAGCGUCCAUCAUUGACGAGUUCGAUCCUCUGUCUGAACCACUAGUUGAAUCCCCCGAGUCUAUUCCUACCGAGCCAGAUUCAACUCAUUAUUCCGACGGCGAAGAUUGUCCCGAUGGAAUGACUGAAGAGGAAAUUGCAAACGAGCCAUAUUACGCAGAACCAAGAAAAAUACUCCAAGAGAUGGAAGACAGCUCCUCGGAACACUAUGACGAAUUUGACAGUAGUUUUUACUCCCGAAAUGUCACAGGGAAAGCGUCUGAGGCAUCAACCCAUUACUCAGCACGUCAAGGGACCCAGCAUGUCUGCGCCAAUACCAGGAUCAGAUCCUCUGUGUCCUCCUCUGUGGGAUCGUGGACUUCCAGUGCCUCUUCGUCUCCCCCUCCGCUGACUCCUUACGCCGCGGAACCAUGGAGUCCUUGGGAACCUGAACCUCUUGAAACAGGUGUUGGAAGGUCCAAGUUCUACUCCCCAGUUGAUGGCCAGGUCACCCCGCCAGAGCCAAUGGCAGGGGCUUCCGCAGCCCUUCCCCCAUCCCGCCGCCCCCCCCAGCCCGCACCCCGGCCAAGGCUCCUUCCGCUCCGACACACGCGAGCUUCUGCGGAUCCGGGAGGGCGUCAAGAUAUUUUUCAUUCAUGACGACGGCAUCGUGACGUCACCGUGGAACCGCCCAUAUCUUUCCAUAGUGAAAGACACCAAGAAAACGUGGCUCAUCGGCGAAGGUCUAACGGUAUUAGUGGGUGAUGCGCUGUGGCAGUCGACCCUCAGCAAGAAGUCUACGCUGGUCUUGCGGACGGAGAAUGGGGUCUACCUCUUCCAGGAAACCGC